UUCCGGGGAUACCGCAGUAUCCUUUCGUAGAUCGCGAGCGUCGGUACCGCGGCUCUCGGCUCGUCGUCCGCGCCUCACUUUCGCCGUACGUCGACGUUAACGGCGAAAUAAUGACUCGGUGGACGACGGCCGUCUUUCUUUUCCUGAUGAUGACGCGACUCUUCGUACUCGCCUCCUCGCAGCAUCGGGACCGGGAGAGCCUCUGCGAGUCCCAGCAAACCUGCUCGAGCUGUCUCCAAACGCCACGAUGCGUGUGGUGUUCUAUGAUGGUAUCUGGACAGAAUGCAAGCAGUCCUUUGCUUCGUUGUGUAUCCCGGCAGACAUUUUUGAGAGAAGGUUAUCUCUGGUGUCCAUUGUCAGACGUAAUACAUCCUGAGAAUACGAUAAACAUUCUUGAAACUCGACCGUUGUCUUCGAUUAAGGGUAAAGAUCCCGUCCAAGUUCAACCUCAGAGGAUCCGUUUGCGUCUCAGGCGAGGAGAGGAUUAUCGCGUGAUUCUGAAAUACAGUCAAGCAGAGGAUUAUCCUGUGGAUUUAUAUUACCUUAUGGAUUUGUCCGCAUCUAUGGAACCGUACAAAGAUAAAUUGUCGAAAUUAGGCUUGCAAUUGGCCGAAGCUAUGCAAAAACUCACGUCGAAUUUUCGUAUCGGUUUUGGCAGCUUUGUAGACAAAGUCAUUUUACCGAUGACCAACACGCAACCUGACAAAUUGGAAUCUCCUUGCAUUUUGAAAACCGGAAAGUCAUGUGCGUCGCCUUAUGAUUAUAAAAAUCAGAUGCCUCUUACAGAAAAUGUAGCUCUAUUUGAGGCUCAGGUACAGGCGGCACCGGUGUCAGGUAAUUUAGACGGACCUGAAGGCGGGCUCGAUGCGAUGAUGCAGGUCAUUGUGUGUACUAAGGAAAUCGGCUGGCGCCAAAAAGCGCGUCAUCUUAUCGUGUUCUCAACCGAUGCGGUCUUCCACGUCGCCGGAGACGGUAAACUUGCAGGAAUAAUAGAGCCCAACGAUUGCAUGUGUCAUUUGGACGAAAAAGGAUUUUACAACCAUUCUCUUUUACAGGAUUAUCCGUCCAUCUCACAGCUCAACAGGAAAGCGCGUGAACAUAACAUGAACAUUAUUUUUGCUAUUCCUGAUCACAAAAAUGCGACCUACCAGCGAUUGAGUCGUAGUAUCAGUGGGUCUUCAACAGGUACUUUGGAAAACGAAUCACGGAAUGUCGUCGCCUUAGUGAGCAGUGAAUACGAGAAACUAGUAGACUCUGUAUCAAUAAUCGACACAGCACCGAGGAUAAUCAAUGUUAAAUAUUUCUCUCGAUGUUUAAAUAAAACGGGAGAAUUGCUGGAACGUCAAGAAUGUGGAGGACUUCGUGUAGGCAACAUUAUUGAUUUUGAAGUUGUGAUUAAGGUUGUUGAAUGUCCCGAAGAUCCAAAGGAUUGGCAACAAACCAUCGAGAUUAAACCUAGAGGCUUAAAUGAGAGUUUGACUAUCGAUAUAGAAAUCAUAUGCGAUUGUCCUUGUGAGAAACCUGGACACUCGGGAUAUCGACCGAACGCCGCGGAAUGCAAGAAUAACGGCAAAUCAGUGUGCGGCGUAUGUUCCUGUAAUCCCGGUUUUUAUGGAAAGCAAUGCGAGUGCGAAGGAAACGAGGUCGGUGCUGGCAACUCGAUCUCGAUAGCUGACUGCAAACCCGACAACCAAACUACGGAAAUUUGCAGCGGACAUGGUACAUGCAAGUGCGGCGUCUGCGACUGCGAUAAACGACCGAACAAUCUGCAUGAAAUGUUUUACGGAAAAUACUGCGAAUGCGACAAUUUCUCUUGCAAACGCAGUGGCGGCCAGAUCUGCGGUGGACGAGGCAAGUGCGAAUGCGGUACCUGCAAUUGUCUACCAGGUUGGGGUGGCGAAACGUGCGACUGUAAAGAGACCAAUAGCACAUGCAUCCCAUCGUCGGGCGGAAACGUCGAGAUUUGCAGCGGACGCGGCGAUUGCAUCUGCGGCAGCUGCCAUUGUCAAGAACGCGACAAUAUCCGAUACUCCGGACAAUAUUGCGAGGAGUGUCCUACGUGUCCGGGACAAAGAUGCGAGGAGCUGAAGGAUUGCGUGGAGUGCGUAGCGUAUAAUACAGGACCGCUCGCGAAGGACGGGAAAUGCGACUUGUGCAUGCACGAAAUUGACAUUGUCGACAUUGUCGAGGAAGAUCCUGCGAAGGACGAGGAAACCGGCGCCCGCAUAUGUCGAACACCCGGUGAUGCAGGCUGCACGUUUGUCUUUAAAUACCAGUAUCACAGAGACGGUACUGGCGGAGAUAUUAAAAUUUUCAAGAUUCGAGCUCAGGAAGAGAGAACUUGUCCGGCGCCUAUUAACGUCUUCGGUGUUGCACUGGGCGUCGUCAUAAGUACCGUCAUUAUCGGUUUCCUGAUUCUCCUCAUUUGGAAAAUCCUCACAAUGAUCCAUGACAAGAGAGAAUUUGCAAAGUUCGAGAAGGAGUGCGUUCUCGCCAAAUGGGAUAGGGGUGAGAAUCCUCUCUACAAACAAGCGACAUCGACUUUUCGCAACCCGACGUUCAACGCUAGUGAUUAAUAAUUUAUGAUAAUUUUAAGCUCACAUCGUGAUAUUAAUUUUAUUAAAAGUUUUCAAAUUUUUCUUGUGCAUUAAACACUUUGAACAUUUUAAAGAGAACGUAAUUUUUUAUUAAUAUAAUUUGGUAAU